AAAAUUGCGUGCUUGGAGAUGAGAUUGUACAUGGUAAGUUGGAGAAAAAGAAAACCAAGAUAAUAGAUAUACACAAACAUUAACAUAGAUAUCUAAUCAAGCCAAGCCUCGAUCGACAUGGCAAUAGCGAUAACGCAAUGUUCAGAAAAGCUAGGCUACCUUAUACUUCAAUUAGGCAAAAAUUUCCUUGUGUUCAUGGCCAUGGUGGUUGCAUGCAAUGGUGCACAUUUCCUACUAAAGCCUUAUUCACAACCUCGCGUUGCUUCUGACAUAAUGGUAGGACUAAUUAUGGGGAACAUACCUUUUUUACGUGAACUAUAUGAAGAAUUCAACAAGACCUUUGGAUUUAUCAUUGAUUUUGGCAUGAUGUGUUACAUGUUUGCUUUGGGUAUAGAGAUGGAUCCUUACAUGCUCUUCAAGAGACCAACAAAGGAUGCUCAAGUUGCUUAUGCAGCAAUAUUGUGCACUUUCAUCAUAUGCUGUUCCAUGACACCACUCUUCCGUUACUUCACACACCAACAUGGAUUAGCAUUCACCCUCUCCCUCUCUGCUCUUGUCUCCAGCACGGCGUCUCCCGUUCUCACGCGUCUAAUAACCAGCCUCAAAAUAGGAAAAUCAGACAUUGGAAGCCUUGUCAUAGGUGCCGGGAUGCACUCGGAUUUCCUCUGCUCAUUGCUUCUUUCAGUUGGCUACAUUUUCAUGCCAUCGGAUGCUUAUUGCAUUGGCACUAAAAAAGACAAGACUCUGCUGACCAUCAUCACAGUGAGCAUUGUAAUUGUAGCACAGACAAUGUUCACAGCGGUGGUUUCGCCAGUAUUUAUGGCAUGGGUGAACAAUGAAAACCCUGAAGGGAAACCCAUGAAAGGAUCACACCUGAUACUGUCAAUUGCCUUCGUGGUAAUGAUUUGUGCCUCCUCAACUCUAUACGACUAUAGUCCGGUUCUAAGUGCGUUUAUGACAGGGAUAUGUUUACCCAGGGAGGGUAGAGUUUCCAAAUGGGUUGUCAGCAAAAUCAACUCUCUCUUGACAACCAUCUUCUUUCCCGUCUUCUUCUUGUGGAUGGGGUAUGUGGCUGAUAUCACCAAAUUCGACCCUGGAGACCCUACAACGUGGCUAAGAGUGAUUUUACCCAUUGCCAUAGUGGUCGUGGGUAAAGUUGUUGGCACACUUGUUGCUGGGGCACUGCUUGGCUUUCACUGGCCAGAAUCAAUUGCAAUCGGAUUGCUCCUUAUCACCAAGGGCCAUUUUCAAAUCUACAUGGCUAUCAAAGGGCUGAGUUGUGGCACCGCCACUACUUCCUCCUCCGGCAUUAUUUCGGUAAUUACAAUAUUUUUAACAUUGGUGCAUGCCCCCAUAGUCGUGGCACAAAUCAUCAAACGUGCCAGGAAAAGGGCACCUACUCACAGCAACGCCCUCCAAUUACUGGACCCAUUAAGUGAGCUAAGGAUAUUCUUGUGCCUUCACGGACUUGAUAAUGUUCCUGCUUCCAUCAACUUCAUGGAGAUCUCAAGGGGGUCAGCAGACUCUGGUAUUCUGGUAUAUGUUGCAGAAAUUAUUGAAUUAACUGAUCAAAUAGCAGCAACAAUGGAGAGUGGUGAAGGAGUGCAUACAACAACUAUAAAAGACAAGGAAGUGACAGAGAUAAGAGAACAAGUAACCAGCUCCUUUCAAGCCUAUGUAGAUAGAGAUGGCGAUGGGAUUACAUUCAAAAGAUCACUGGCAGUGUCAACAAUCACUAACAUGGCAAAGAAUAUCUGCGUCUUAGCAGAGGACUUGAUGAUUGCCCUCAUCAUACUUCCAUUCCACAGGAAACAGCGUCAGGAUGGAAAACUGGAUGGUGGCAAUCCAGGCUUCAGAUACGUGAACCGGAAGUUAUUGAAGAGUGCUCCUUGUUCCGUGGGGAUUCUAGUGAACAGAGGUUUCGGAUCCAUCGAGAAAAUAUCAAGGUUUGAGGCAUUGCUUAAAGUGGCAGUAAUAUUCAUUGGUGGAAAAGAUGAUAGAGAAGCACUUGCCUAUGUGGGUCGUGUAGCAUGGCAUCCGGGAGUAAAAGUGAUAGUAAUAAGAUUCCUGGUAGAUACCAAUGAAGAAUCUUCAAGACUGGCAGCGCAUAGGGUAACCCUUACAGAGCAAGAGGAGGAGAUGGGGUUGGAUGAUGAAUGCUUUGCACAGUUCUAUGAAAGGUAUAUAGUUGGAGGUCGCAUAUCCUAUAUGGAGAAGCAUCUUGCAAAUGCAUCUGAGACCUUCUCUACUCUGAGAUCAUUUGAAGGACAAUACUCACUGGUCAUUGUAGGAAGAGAAGGUGGAGCAAACUCUAUAUUGACAAAGGGGAUGAAUGACUGGCAACAGUGCCCAGAACUGGGACCAAUAGGGGAUGUUCUUUCAGGACCAGACUUCUCAACGUCAGUAUCUGUGUUAAUAAUCCAACAACACAAACUUAGGGGAGAAUUAGAUGGACUUGACGAGGAAUUCUCUAUCAUGUAGAUGUCAAUGGAUAGGUAGUGUAGAGAUAGAUACAAACUGUAGCAAAGAAACUGAAAAU